CGGCGCGGCGGGGGUUAAUGUGCGUGUCCUCCUGCGCAUCCCGCCCCGCUGCCGCCCGCCCGUGUGCGGGGCUCGGGCCGUGCGGGAGCCGAGGCGCCGGGCAGCGCUGGAGCCGCUGCCAUGACAACCCCGGGGAUGCUGCCGGCCGGGGCCGGGGUGCUGCUGUCGCCGCCGCCCCCCCGCGUCUCCCCCGCCCCGCUGAGCGCCUGAGCCGCAGCCCGAGCAGCCACCGGCCCCGCGGGGGCUGCGAGACCCUCUGGACACAGCCGAGGAGCAUCGGGGACAUCGCCUGCAGCUCCGCGGGGAAGUUUCGAUCUUGCGACAGAACCGGGAUUUUGGGGAGCUUUAUUGGGCUUUUUAAUUUUUUUGUAUAUUUUUUUAAAUUCUCCUUUCUCUCUGUGAUUUAAACAAAAGCUCAAGAGCCGGAGAACAGCCCAGCCCCGGCCCGCUGUGUCCCCCUCGGUGCCGAUGCCGCCCUCCCCUUCCUUUCACAGACACUCACGUUUCCUCCGUGGGUUAUAAACUUUUGAUGCCAGAUCUCCGCAGCGCCUGCCCAGCUGCAGCUGAAAGUAGCGUCUCCAGCAGCCGCACAUCUGUGACCUUCAUCUCGUGCUCCGCACCUUCUCUCCUCCUCUUCCUCCUCCUCCCCCCGGCCCUCCCGUCCUCCUCCCUCGCCCGAGGACAGCGGGACUCCCUCCGAUGCCGCUCGGCAGGCUCAGCGCUCGCAGCCAGCCUUGCCGGGGGCUCUCCUGAUCUCCGUGGAGCUCCGCAGCGCUCGCCCCGGUGGUUUUGCUCCCCCCCAUCCCUCCUCUCCACCCACCCCUUCCCCCUUUUCGCCUUGUCGGGUGUGUUUUUUGCCUGUUGGAAAAGUCCCCGCUGCCCAGGAUGGGGGUCGGUGGGUGCUUGGCCCUGCCCUGGAGGUGCCUGGUCGUCCUCUGUCUCAGGCUGCUCUUCCUUGUGCCCGCAGGAGUGCCCGUGCGCAGCGGAGAUGCCACCUUCCCCAAAGCCAUGGACAACGUGACAGUGCGGCAAGGGGAGAGCGCCACGCUCAGGUGUACUGUGGAUGACCGGGUCACGCGGGUAGCGUGGCUGAACCGCAGCACCAUCCUGUAUGCCGGCAAUGACAAGUGGUCUAUAGACAACCGUGUGGUCAUCCUGUCCAACACCAAGACCCAGUACAGCAUCAAGAUACACAAUGUGGACAUAUACGAUGAGGGCCCCUACACCUGCUCUGUGCAGACAGACAAUCACCCCAAGACUUCACGCGUCCAUCUCAUCGUGCAAGUGCCCCCCCAGAUUGUCAACAUCUCGUCGGACAUCACCGUGAACGAGGGCAGCAGCGUGACCCUCAUGUGCCUGGCCUUUGGGAGACCGGAGCCCACCGUCACGUGGCGGCACCUCUCCGGGAAAGUACAUCCCCCAGGGCAGACCUUUGUGAGUGAGGACGAGUACCUGGAGAUCACGGGCAUCACACGGGAGCAGUCCGGGGAGUACGAAUGCAGCGCCGUCAACGACGUGGCCGUCCCGGACGUGCGGAAAGUCAAAGUUACCGUCAACUACCCUCCGUACAUCUCCAACGCCAAGAACACGGGCGCCUCGGUGGGCCAGAAGGGCAUCCUGCAGUGCGAGGCUUCGGCCGUCCCCGUGGCGGAGUUUCAGUGGUUCAAGGAGGACACCAGGUUAGCAAACGGGCUGGAGGGAGUGCGGAUCGAGAGCAAGGGCCGCCUGUCCACGCUGACCUUCUUCAACGUCUCGGAGAAGGACUACGGCAACUACACGUGCGUGGCCACAAACAAGCUGGGCAACACCAACGCCAGCAUCAUCCUCUAUGGGCCCGGAGCAGUGCACGAUGGCGGCAACGCGGCGUCCCGGGUGGCCGCUGGCCUCUGCCUCUGGGCCACCCUCCUUGCUCGCCUCCUUCUCGACUUUUGAUAAGGGAGCGGAGGGUCCCGGGAGGCCUCGCCGCACCUCUCCCCCGCCGCGGGCUCGGCUGCCGCGCCGCCCGGGGACUCCUCUCCAUCGGACGGGCGAUGCACCGGAGGACGGGCGGCGGUGCCGAGCGUCCGAGGAUGGCCCCGUCUCCCACGUGCCGGGAUCGUUCUCGCCGCCGGUUAUGCUGUACAGACCCCACCACGUGCCACCAGACUGUCACCCGCCACCAUCGCCCCGGGGAUGUGGCCCAGCACGGACGGUGCCCCCUGUGGCUGCCUCAUCUCCAACGCCAGGGGCAUGGAGCCGUCGGGGCGGGUGCCGCCCAGAGCCUUCACCGGGAUGUCCGUCUCGUCGUCUCACUAAGCCGCCUAUGCCCAGAAAGACCCCAAGGUUGAAGCCUCCUGGCUCUGCCUUCAGCCCUCUCGGUCCUGAAUGUCAGUUCUCGUCGCCAAAGCUCCUCCCUAAGCACCCCGAUGUUGCCAGCCCCCCAUCACCCACCUCUGCUCCUGACAGGAUGCUCUCUGGCCCUUUGGGAGAGGGACACCCGAUACAACCAGUUGUCCUUCAAGGGUCACGCACUUCCCACUACUCUUUAUUCCAGCUGACAUCGUACCCCUGUGCUUCCCACUAAAACCCCCUCACCUUCCUGAGGACAUGAGGCUGCUCUCCCAGGAAUGUGAGCCCUGGGGACUGCCACCAGCUCUCCUAGAAACUAGAGCCUUCUUGCUGCAUUGGACAGCCAGGCCCUCACUCCUUGCUCCAGGUCCCUGCCCACUCUGCUGCUGCCCCCCUGAUGGCAGGGGCUGCCCCAUGGCUCUCACCUUGAUGCUCUGCCAGCACUUUUUGGGGACAUUUCUCUGGGCUUGUUUUCCAAGCACUUUCCAACCUGCAUAUCAAAAGCACAGCAUCACCAGCGUGGGGCAGAGGCUCUGAACAACAGAUCGAAACACCAGCUGACAAGGCCCUUUUGCUACAGCUCUGAUGUUCAUGACCGUCUGUAUCUCUGCCCCUCAUGGGGCCCUGAGCUGCAAUGUUCUCACUCUGCCUGGUCUCACGCUCAUCACGUGUCCCUGCCUGAGGAAAGUCUGAUGUGUCUGACCCUGUGGAGGAGGACUGGGCUCUGUCAAUUUGCUGUGCUGGCACAGCAGGGACAAGGAUGGCUCCAACGCUCCCUGCUGCAACUUGCCUGUGACACCAAAAUAGACACACCCAGACUCUGCCCUCUCUGCUUCUUCUAGCCACCCUGGGACCUGCCACCCAUGGUGGCAGUAGUCAUGUCAUCUCCCCACAUAGGAAUUGUGCUCCUGAUGGCCUCGUGCACCACGGACCCCCUUACCUGGUACAUUGUGGCAGCCCUGAGCCUUCUUGUCACUCCAUGGCCACCCAGGAAUGCUUUGGUGCCACAGUCUGGGGAUGGACACUCCCAUCCUGCUCCUGAAAAGUCACAUGUGGCACCAGACCCUAUUGCUGCAACAGGGAGACUCAACUACAGCAAGGCACUGAGCAAGCACAGAGUGUCCCCUGUCCUGACCCAGCACCUCCCCGUGCCUUGUCCCUUCCUUCUCCCUCCACAAGUGAGAUGACUUAAGAACAACGGCCGUGAACAUGCUGUCGUCCCCCUGCAAACUCUGCUGCUGCCCAAACCUGCUUUCGUGGCUGCAAGGAAGCUGGGGUGCCAGCCCUCAGCACACAAGAUUGAAAAAACACCCUGAGCCAGAGGCCAUGAUGGGCCACCACUGUGUCCUCUAUGCAGCUGUGCCCAUCCUCAUCCCUGUUCUCAGUGGGCUGCCCAGGACCUGAUACAAAAAUCUCAGUGGAUGCUCCUGCCUGCCCAUCCUGGAUGUUCAACACGUACCAUGGCUGAUUGACAAAAUCUGCCUGGUCCCAGGCAGGGGCUGCCUGAGGUGCUGGCUUACCUGAUGGACGGGGAUCCAGAACUGACUGGGUGAGUCCGCGUCCUGCGGUCCCUGCGGUGCUGCUCUGCUUCUCCGCUGGCAUCCAAGAAAGGUGGCACUGUCAGUGAUCUGGGUCCUAUCCCAUGGCCCCAGGCAUGUUUAUCGCGUGGGGAUGGCACUGUCUUCAGCCAGCACGGCAACACGCACAUCCCUCCCCACAUGCCCACUCCAAAGUACCGUGGGUGAUGGAGACACCUUGCCCUGAUGCCUUUACUGGUCCGCACUGCCCCACAACCCCAUGCCCUUUCCUUGGUCAGCCCCAAAUUUCUCUAUCCCCACAGCAGAAAUGCUGCAGAGUCACAGGGCAGGAGGCCACGGCAAAUCAGAGAGUGGCGGUGACGAGAUGCCACGACGCACACUGAGGCUGGCGGGCCUGGUGCCAGGGCUGCCCCCAUCCCAUCCUUGUCCCUGGGUUGGGUGGGCUCCCCUGUACCCUGCCGGGACGGCAUUCGACUUUCUCGUGCCAUGUAACGUGCCAUUGUGAGGAACGUGUUGGCUGUCUGAGGCCGGCCCCGCCGCGGCUCUGCCAGGUGGCAGACCCAUUUGUGACCACUGCUCUUCAUGUUUGGAUGCCCAGGGGGUGGCCGGGUGCCCAGGGCGGGGGCAGUGUGGCUCUUGGGUCUCUCCAGCUGAUGGCCGUGAUGGCCGGUCUUGAGUUUCUGUCGAUCAUUGUAUUCCAAGGGUGGCUAUACUACCUGAGAUUUGUGCAUGUUACAUUGUAGUUGUAACCUUUUCUAAUUCGGCAAGAAUAAGAGAUGGUUGUGAUUGUGCAGUGUAUCAAUAAAGUUUGACGAACUUUGUA